AGUCACGCUGAUCCCACUUGCGGACACAGGGGGCAGCAGUGAGCUUCGUACGACUUGAUGCAGCAGUGACGGGCGAAGAGGAAGAAGAAGAGGAGGCAACACGAGAGCUCCUUGAAAUGCAGCGGAAAGUGGUUAUGGAAGGGGAUGUGAUGGAGAUGAGCAGAGACGAGCUCCAGAGCUGGAUCAGAGACCAGGUGAAGCAGAAUGAGCUGAUCUCUCCAGAUCUGCUGGAGAAAUGCAGUCUGCUGGAUUUGCUGCUGGAACGGAGGAAGAAGCAGGUGGCCAGCCUCGUGGAGCUCUGCGAGUCUGUGGCAGCAUGUGAAGAAACUGUGAAGAAACUGUACUCUUUGCUGGGAUGGGAAUACAGCGACACAGACUCUGAUGGUGAUGAGGAUGAUGAUGACUCCAGAAGUACAAAUUGUCAAACACCAUCAUCACCAAGUGAGACUGAUGACUCUCUAGACUACAGCCCUGCAAAAUCUAAUGGUCCUGCUCUUCUUGUACCACAAUUAGAAGACAAGGACAGCCUGCGGAGAGAUAAUAGGAAAACAACCCAUCACAUUUUAAUAAAAGAACUUAAGGUGGUCUUGACUAGAUUACCUGCAUCUACAAUCGCUGAUGCUCGACCAACGCCUCAGAGGCGCUGCAGUGAAGAUGAAUCUUUAAGCAGUGCUGAGUCAGAUAACCUGUGGGAACCAGAAGGGGACUCAAGUGACUCAGAUUUUAACAUCUCAACUUUUAAUGCUGGUUCAAACAAGAGGAGAAAAAUAAAUAUAAGGAAUGGAAAGUGUAAUAGGAGUCAUGUAGCACCCCAAGCAAGCACAAAUUCUGGUACUAAGAGCAAUAGAGCAGAGACGUCGACACCGACAACCACCAAAAAUAUCUGCGCUAAGAACAAUGUAGCAGAAGCAUCGACAUCGCAAGCAAGUGCAAGUACAGAUGCUAAAAGCAACACAACACCACCACCUGAAGGCAAGACAGAUACCAAUGCUAACAGUCAGGAGAAGAAAACAUCGACAGUGCCAGCAAACACGAAGGUGACAGGAGGAACGACCACAACCGUACCAGUUCAGUCGUCCACAGCAGUCCCAGUCCAGUCGUCUACAACAGUCCCAGUUCAGUCGUCUACAACAGUACCACUUAUGUGCCAGCCCGCUACUAAGACCCCUCCUAGCGUCCAACCAAAAGAGAUCAGCGUGAACAUGACUGUCCUAGCCAGAAAGAAGGUCUUGUGCUGGCAACGAGGGACAAUUAUGGAACUAAUAACUAAGGAUGAUAAGAUGAAAUACAAAGUAAAUUUUGAAGAGAAGGGGAAGAGCCUAGUGUCUGGUCACCAUGUUGCCCUUGACGACAUGCCGAAGGUGGACCGGCUGUUCGUCGGUGCACGUGUGAUUGUUAGGAGUCAAGUUGACGAGGCCGAGUUCUUGCCUGGUAUCUUGGCGGAGAUCCCCACCAGAAGAAACCGCAUGAGGUUCCUGGUGUUUAUUGAUGAUCACACACCCAUGUAUGUUGGUUUACCUGUACUUCGUCUGGUGUACAAAGCAUUGACAGACCCUUUGGAAGAUAUUAAAGACGAAAGCCACAGGUUUUUCAUGCAGGAGUACAUGAAGUCCUGGCCUUACCCGCCCCAGACCCAGUACAAGAUUGGACAAACCAUAAGUGUAGAACGUAACGGAGUCCAGCAGAAGUGUGAGGUCUUGUUGCUCGACUGCAGCUUGAUUCAGGUUGUUUUUCAGGAUGAUCAGCAUAAGGAGUGGCUCUACCGAGGCUCCAUUCGCUUGGAACACAUGGUUAAUAUGAGGGAGCACUUGGAGAUGAAGAAAAAAAAAACAGCUCAGUUGAUGGAUCAUAAAGACUGAUGGAACCAUGAAUGUGAGGAGAACUGGAUACAGCGUCCUGAGCUGUCAGUAGCCUUAAAUUUUACUUGUGAGGUACAUAUCCUGAAAAUAGUUCUACAGACUUUCUGUGGCUUCUGCCCUAGAGGUCUCUCAGUAGCCAAUGUGACUGCCAGACUACAGAUCCACUCCUGAGUGACGCAGCAAUAUCCCCUCAGAUCAAACCUGCUGUGUCGUAUCAUGAGGGAUUUUCAGUUUCUUCGGACCACUGUGUGUUAUGACCUCCACACCAAAAACAUCUCACAGCCCAGCGAUGUUCCUUCAAGCUUGCGUGGGCCUUUUGAAAUCCAUUGACAGCACUGAGCUGACUGAUGAGCAGAGUUAACUAGUAGACAGUUUUUUUUUGUUUUUUUUUUAAGGCUUCGCAUGGAGUCAUGGUUGAGACUCUCUCGUCCUACUGAAAAUUCUGUCUUGUUGGAAAAAAAAUGUCUUGAAACAGUCCAAUACUGUAAAUAUGUGAAUUUUAUUGUCAUUUUUGUGUUUUUUAAUAAAGAUAUAUUGUUUUA